UCUCUACUCUUAUUGCUGGUUGUGAUUAUUGGAGAGAGAGAGAAGAAAGUGAGAGGUAGAGAGGAACCCACCUCAGUUUCGCUUUCUAGGAAGCAUGUUGAGGAAGGGUUUGUAGUUGUUUUUAGAGAGAGAGAGAGAGAGAGAGAGAAGAAAGCAGCUCAUAGAAAGAAAGAAAGAAAGAAGAGGAAGAGAGAGAGAGAAGAGUAAUCUAAGGAAGAAGAAGAAGAAGAAGAAGAAGAAGGAAAAGAGAGAGAAAGAAGAAGAUGAUGAUGAUGUUGAUGAGAGAGAAAGAUCAGCAACAAUAACAGCAGAGAAAUAUAAUAUAUAUUUUGGAAAGGAAAGGUCGUUAUUGCAUUUCUCUCACUCUUCUGCUCUUUACUCUGGCCUUUUCUCAGCCCCUCAGGACCCCCCUCUCUUUGGAAGCUCAUUCAUCUCUCUUAUUUCAGAAAAAAAAAUAAAUAAGUAUUUAAGAAAAAAACCCCACCAAAAAAAAAAAAAUUUAUUUUUUGGUCAUAAAAGCCAAAGUGGCAGUGGUAGUAGCAGCAGAAGAAAAGAAACCAGCAGCAGCAGUAGUAGCAGCACUAGUCUCUCUUAACAAUUACAGCAGGACAGAGAAAGCCACCCAACAAACAAGAUCUCCCUAUUUCUUUCUCUCUCUCUCAAAAACUUUUUUUUUUUAAUUUUUAUUUUCUUUCACUCUCUCACACUCUCUCUCUCUCUCUCUCUAACAAUCUCACUGAUACAAAUUUCAGAGACCCCACUUUUUUUUUACAUAUAUAAUACCUACAUAGAUACAUCCAUAGAUUUAGUUCUAGAGUGCUCAAAACUUUUUCCGUAUAAUUGUAUUGGAUUGGAUUGGAUUUGAUAAAAAAAGGAAAAUCAUCAGAAUUAGUUGUGGCUACUACAAGGAGGUUACCAUCAGAUUCUGGUGCUUUUGCAGACUGGGUGGCUUCAUCCUCCUCCGCAGCUGCAGCAGCUCGACCACCACCCACUGUUCCAGACGACCUCUCCCUCGGCUUCAAUGCUGGGCCCACCGCCGCAGCCGCCGGAGCCACCUCCUCUUCUAUGUGGCCCUUGGGAGGUCCAUCUUCUUCCUCCUCCAGGCCCAUCAACUAUGGUCUUCCUCCGGAAAUGGGCAUGGUCGGUCUCCGCGACGUCUUUGUCGUCGCUCCAGCUUCAUCUUUCCACCCCCAUAACAACCACCAUCACCACCACCACCUCCACCACCACCACGAACCCCUCCUCUCCUCCUCCUCCGACCACCCCCAUUCCAUCAACGUCUCUUCUAAUCCCGCCACUGCUCUCGGUGUGGGCGUCGGCGUCGGCGUUAUCCCUCUUCUCACAGCUUCCCCUUGUCUCGCUACGGCCCCGCCUCCCAAUUUAGCAGGAUCCAUAGAUGACGAUUCCAGUAAUGCUCUCGCUGCUCGCAGCAGAAGCGGCGGAAUUCAAUUGUGGCAGCAGCAGAACCAGCAGCAGCAGACGCAGCAGCAUUUCUUCAAGAAGCCCGCGAUUCUCGAUCACGGCGGAAAUAGCGGAGGAGGUGCAGCCCAUCUGGUUCAGAACAGCGAUGGCUCAGGUGGACUUGGUGGGUCUGGUGGGGGUGGUUCGUCUUCGGGGACAACGACAUGCCAAGAUUGUGGGAACCAAGCCAAGAAAGAUUGCAGCCACAGGAGGUGCAGGACGUGCUGCAAGAGCCGCGGUUUCGAUUGCGCUACGCACGUGAAAAGCACGUGGGUACCCGCGGCUCGGCGGAGGGAAAGACAGCUGAUGUCUGGUGUUGCUGCUGCUGCUGCUGGUUCAUCGGCUUCGACUUCGGGAGCUAAGAAACCUAGACUCGUUACCUCCCAGCAAACCACCACCACAUCUCAUACUUCCACUUCUAAUACCACUCCUCCUAGAAGCUUCGACACCAGCUCUAGUCACCAAGAUGCUAAAGAGGCAUUGCCAGGUCAAGUACGUGCACCAGCAGUUUUCAAAUGCGUACGAGUCACGUCGGUGGAGGAUGGUGAAGAUGAGUAUGCAUAUCAAGCGGUGGUGAAGAUCGGUGGGCAUGUUUUUAAAGGUUUUCUUUAUGAUCAAGGUGUUGACGGAAGAGAUGGGUUUCCUAAUCUUUCUGAAUUGCAUUUGGGUGGUGGUGGUGGUGGUGGUGGUGGUAGCAAUGGAGGUGUAGGAAGAAAUGGGGCGUCCUCUUCUUCACCCAUUUUAGAUCCCAAUGAUGUCUAUGGAACUUCAACUGGAGCAUUGCUUGGUGGUUCAAGCUAUGGUAAUCCAAUAAAUUGAAACAAAAGUUAUAUACAUAUAUAUUUCUUUGCCGGGUUGUUAAGAUUUUGGAAUAUGGAUCAAAAGGACUCGGAAAGGAAUAACCUCUUGUAGUUGUUAAUUAAUUUAUUUUGUUGUUUCAAUUUUCUUUUAUUAUUAUUUUUUUUUGCCUACUAAUGAUUGAUAUUGUGUAGAUCAGACUUUGCGUUCAGACUUUGCAUUUUUAUUAACAUAUAUAUAUGCUUCUAUUUUCUCUGUCAAA